UGACAAACUACAUUCCCGAACUUAACAUAACAAAGUUGAUAUCUAUUAUAUAAGUCGUAAAAAGCAUUCAUUUCAUCUCCAAAUGAAUUCCAAAAUUUCAAAAGAAUACGGCAGCACAAUAUGCAAUAUCAAAACCUGGAUAAGAAGACUAUUUCUGAUUCAAGGCAUUACCCUGGUAGUAUUUGGCGUUCAUGGUCUACUCACAUACACAUGCCCUGGUGUAGAAUGUUUUCGCCUUUGGAACAGAAGUUGGCUGAUCUUAGCUCUUGGUUGUUUUUAUCUGAUAUGUUGGAAUUGUUACAUGCUUUGCAAAAAUGUGCAUACAGAUUAUAGGGUAUUCAUUUUAUAUGUUAUCUUUAGUUGUUUCUUUACUGCUUUGGUUUUUUAUCAAACAGCAACGUUGAAUGAAUAUCAGCAGACAUUUACUUCAGGCGUCUUAUUCGCAAUAAUUAUGACAGGAACAUACAUAGUGCUGAUUAUUGUUAUUUGCUGCUUGUGUUUGGUGGAGCUUUGUCAAACAAAGAAGUCGGACGUUUGAUUGUUGGAUUGAAUUUUUGCCUUUUAUGAAAAGUUUAACAAAAUUAAUGCGACUGAUGAAUCAAUGCUACAAAUGAGUUUUUUUUUCGCACUUAACAAUGACGUGACAUUUUAAAGAGAAAUCCGUUUGGAAAUUGCUUGUAGAUAAAUGAGGUGCAAUGACAAGCUAUUGAUUUUGUUUCUUUUCUCUAAACAAAACCUUUUACCUUGACGAUUAUUUGCAUAUGUUUAUAUUUGAUGCUAUAUAUGCAUUACUUUCAUUGAAAUAGUCUCCUGUAAUACGUUUAUUAAUUAUAUUACUUAUUUUUGUAGUAUGUUGAAUAUCAUCAUUUCUUAAUGCUCGAAAUUUGUAUUUUGAUUUUCUUUUUAAAGUAUUUUUUGUAUUUUGUAUUAUACAGUAGGAUCCUUAAUUAAGACCACCCUGUAUAAAAGACAACCCCACUAUUAAGACCAUUUUUUUAAAAAAAAGAACGAAAUUUUCUGUUCUUUAUGUCAUUGGUUACAUGAUUCAAAAUGAAGACCACCCCGCUAAUAUACUUUUACGACCAACCGAUUCAGUUCCAAUUAUUUGAUUUUUCUUUAUACCCCACUAUUGAGACAACUAAUAUUAAAGUUAAAACCUUCUGUUGUUAUUAUCUGCGGUAUGACGCUUGAUAUCCCAGGGUGUUAAAAAUUAUCGGGUUAUUGUAAGAAAAAGAGUGAGAAAGUAAAUCUAAGAGUGAUUUAAUGUUGCUGUUAGCACAUUUAUUUUGUGAAGAUUUAAUUUCUAAUUAGACAAGUGAAUAAUGUACAUCAUAUAAUAAAAUCAUAUAAUGAAAUCAAUCAGUCCGAGGAUAAUUAAAUGUUUAUUUCUUCAGAAAUAUGUUUCCCUUUAUCAGAUUAUUUAUUAUGAAAUUUUUAUAUUAUUGUUUUUACAGGUGAAGAUACAUAUUGUUUGUUCAUACAAAUUGACUGCAAUCGACCAUGGUCAUAAAGUAUGUAAGCAAUGAUAAGAAUAUUCACAAUUAAGACCACCUUAUAAUUAAGACCACUUUCGUUUAAUCCCAAUGAUGGUCUUAAUUGAUGGUUUUUACUUUACUAUACAUUUCUUUGUAUGUGAUUAAUGAAAAAAAACUACACAAACAAAUCAAAGAAUACUUGUUCUUUCAACAAAAGACAUAAUUCGGAAAAUGUCAUUAAAAUCACAAAAAACAUCAAUAUUAUAUGAAAAUUUGCAGACUCGGUAUCAUUGGGUCUGUUUAUGAGAAAUAAUGAAAAAAAUAUCUCACGCCCCUUGUACGGUUUAAGCGUAAUUAAUCCUUAAAAUAUGAAUUCUUUUGCGGGUCAUGCCGGGAUGUUUUUGGCGGCCUUCUUUAGGGAUUCAUUUUUCUCUAUUUUAAUGCCAUAUCAGUGUUAUGUGUUGCGUAUGGAGGCUGUAAAAAGUCGCCCCGUACAUUCAAUCAAAGAUGUUAUAUUUUCAAUCUUUGAAGAUCGUUCAGCACGACAUUGUUGUAGUAUGUACAUGUUUCUGGUAUUUAAGUUCCUUCUAUCUGAACUUCGGUGGUUCCUAUAUUUCUACUUGAAUAAUGUAUAAUAACCCUUAGGAUAUGGUGCCUGCUUAAAAUUUGUCUUUUGACGUCUUAUUUGUGAUAUGUAGGCUUCAUAACCUCUGAUCCCUUUUCGAAAUUCAAUUUUGUUUGUUCAGCACAUUGUUUUCUUGUUUAGGUCAAACGCGUUCUUUUACUUGGGGACAAUACACCUCUUUUCAUGGAAUGGCACUGACGUGUCACAUUGAAGAUAUCUUAAUCAUUUAAAUUCUAUUAUUACCUACGCGUGUAUUCAUCUUUUAAAAGAAUAACAAUAUGUAUUUCUAUUCAAAUAACUUGCAUAUUAUUCAUGCAACAUGUUACAAAAUAUGUCGUGUUCUUUAAUAUUGUAGUCUUAACCACUUUAGUUUAUGUUUUGCAAUUAAUUUGCAACGUCAUGGGAAUUCCUUGAUAAUGGCAACAAUUGAUUAUUUACGCUAUACAGUAGUUGACGUAUAUACUGUACUAUCGUAUCCCUUCCGGGAGGACCAGAAAAAAAAAGAAGAAAAUCAUUAUUUGACCUAAGCACCAAUAAUGGACAAGAGAACCGAAAAAAUGUGUUUCGAGAAAAUAUUGAUAAGCAAAAAGAAUCGAAUUAAUGAAAACAGCAAUUAUCAUAGUAUUGCAAGCAAUUCAUAAGUCCCCUAUCGGUCAGAACCCAAGCAACAUCCUGAAGGGUCAUUGAUCAUUGAAUUAUGUAUUUGAAUGAAUGAAUGAAUGAAUGAAUGA